AUGGCCACUUGGCUCUGGCGGCCAGGCAAUCUUGCUCGAUACUCGCGGAGUACCGCAGGGCUUUUCAGCUCCUCGCGAUUAGCAUACUCGAGUCGCUCGCGACCGCAGCUUGCGUCUCUCCUCAAUGCGCGUCGUGUGAGGUCGUAUGCCACCGUCAACCCCGGCGAUCCGAAGCCUCCGAAAGACAACGAAAGUGAGAAGGAAGCACGGAAGAAGGAGGAAGACGGUGGCCAUGGGCCCUCUCCAGGGAAUAGGCCGUCUGAUGAGAAAGGGAGCGCUCCUGAGGAGUCUGGGAAGCCCAAGGGCCGGUUGAGUGAAAGGCAAGAGAGUCUGCUCGACAGGUUGGAGAAAUUUUUCGAAGACAAACUUCCAGCGUCUCAAACCCGGCUGCUGCAAAAACUCCGAGACGAACUCCGUCGGAAUGGCAAGAUUCCUCCCGAUCUUGAAGAAUUCUUGCAGAAACACAUCGAGCAGCAGAAACCAAUGUCUUUGUCAGAAUUAGCAAAGUUUAAUGCUAUGUUGUCAAGGGCGGCAAGGCAGCAUCAGGAGGACCUAAGACAGCAGAUGAAGCGAGAAGAAGAAGCAAAGAGAGAGGAGGAAGAAAGGUCGUCUCAGCAGCGACAAGAACAGCAGCAGCGGGAUCAACAGCAGAACCAACAGCAGAGGCAGCCGCCAAAAGGGCCUACUCCCAAGGUCUUUGAGUUCAGGCUCGACCCCGGCAACUUUCUUAUUACGACUAUUAUAUCGUACUACAUCUAUCGAAGCAUCUUCCCGGGAGAGAGCAGCAGAGAGAUUACGUGGCAAGAGUUCCGGAACAACUUUUUCGACAAGGGCCUCGUGGAGAAGUUGACCGUCCUCAACCGCAACCGAGUUCGUGUUGAGCUGAACCGUGAUGCUGUUGCUAGCGUGUAUCCUGACUCUCCAGCUGCUCAACCAAACUUCCACUACUACUUCACCAUCGGAUCGGUUGAGGCUUUCGAGCGCAAUCUGGACGAAGCUCAUAAGGAACUGGGCAUCCCCAGUUCGCAGCGCAUCCCUGUUGCUUAUGUCGAUGAAGUGCCGUGGCUCGCGACACUCUUGUCUUUCGGACCGACGCUUCUGUUGAUAGGCUCUUUCUUCUGGCUGUCACGGCGUGCUGCCGGUGGCGCUGCCGGGCAAAGCGGCAUCUUCGGUAUCGGGAAGAGUCGUGCCAGACGGUUCAACCACGAAACAGACGUCAAGAUCCGAUUUUCUGAUGUCGCGGGCAUGGACGAGGCUAAGAUGGAAAUCAUGGAGUUCGUCAGCUUCCUCAAGGAGCCCGAGAAAUUCCAGAAACUUGGCGCCAAGAUCCCCCGUGGUGCGAUUCUCUCGGGCCCUCCUGGUACCGGUAAGACGUUGCUUGCGAAGGCGACGGCGGGUGAAUCUGGAGUGCCUUUCUUUAGCGUCAGCGGAUCCGAGUUUGUUGAGAUGUUUGUCGGUGUCGGACCCUCCCGUGUCCGGGAUCUUUUCGCCAAUGCCCGAAAGAACACCCCGUGUAUCAUCUUCAUUGACGAGAUCGACGCGAUCGGUAAAUCGAGAGCCAAGCAGAGCUUUGGUGGUGGUAACGACGAGCGGGAGAGCACCCUCAACCAGAUCUUGACUGAGAUGGACGGCUUCAAUACCACGGAUCAGGUCGUUGUGCUGGCUGGUACGAACCGGCCCGAUGUCCUUGACAAGGCCCUGAUGCGGCCUGGCCGAUUCGACCGACAUAUUGCCAUCGACCGGCCUACCAUGGAGGGACGAAAGCAAAUCUUCAAGGUUCAUUUGAAGAAGAUCGUCACCAAAGAUGAUAUGGACUACCUGACUGGCCGACUUGCGGCACUCACUCCAGGCUUUGCCGGUGCUGACAUUGCAAAUUGUGUCAACGAGGCAGCCUUAGUUGCGGCUCGUGAGCACGCAGAUUGCGUUGUGAUGAAGCACUUUGAACAGGCGAUCGAACGAGUUAUUGGUGGUCUGGAGAAGAAGUCUCUAGUUCUCUCGCCGGAGGAGAAGCGCACAGUGGCUUACCACGAGGCUGGACAUGCCAUUUGCGGGUGGUACUUACGAUGGGCCGAUCCCCUCCUGAAGGUUUCUAUUAUUCCUCGAGGCCAGGCAGCAUUGGGCUACGCCCAGUAUCUCCCACCGGGAGAGAAUUACCUGCUUACUGUCCACCAGCUCAUGGACCGGAUGGCCAUGACUCUGGGAGGGCGUGUGAGCGAAGAGCUCCACUUCGACACGGUGACUAGCGGUGCGAGCGACGACUUCAACAAGGUCACCCGCAUGGCGACGGCGAUGGUGACGAAGUUUGGCAUGUCACAGAAGAUUGGAACUCUCUACUUCGAAGAGGACCAGCAACAGCUCCACAAGCCAUUCUCCGAGGAGACGGCCCGGGACAUCGAUCUGGAGGUCCGGCGGAUUGUGGACGAGGCGUACAAGAAAUGCCGGGACCUGCUGACGGAGAAGAAGAGGGAGAUCGGGCUGGUGGCGGAAGAGCUCCUGGCCAAGGAAGUCCUCACCCGGGAUGACCUGGUGCGCCUCCUGGGGCCUCGGCCAUGGCCCGAGAACGGUGAGUUCACUAAGUAUUUUGGGGAAGGCGUUCCCCCUCAGGGGCGUACGAUCGCACCGCCCGAGCCUCCGGAGACGCGUGAAGGAAUGGAGGGCAAAGACGGACGGGAUCAGACGCCUCAUCCGAUAUAG